AUGGCCAGUGAUGCCGGUCGUUUGGAUUUGCACCUAUGGUCGCACCUGACGCUGAACUCAGACGCAGAGGAUGUCUUAGGGCUUUACCGGAAUUUGCAUCCUUUGCGCUUCAACCAUCGGCAUAUCUAUUGGAACGAGCAGAAGUCACACCUUCUCGUCUUCCUCCACUUGGGUCAACAUGGCUCAUGGACUUUGUGCAAAUGGCAAGGUCCAAGGGGCGCGAGCUCGACACUGACCAAGUUGGUGGCCAGAUGUCGCCGCGGAAUAAAGGCGACCUAUCAGACACUUCGGGUGAGACGUAGUCUUUGGCAUGGAGGCGCUGGCAAGGUCCGCGCUUUGGUUUUGCCGGCAGGCAAGCAAUUCUUUUUCAACAGUACUGGAAACUUUCAGGAAAUUCUCACCGAAUUUGCUGCUGCCCCAGAUGUCAUUCAGAAGAGACUGGGGCUUCUUUCCUCUCGUGCGCGCACUACGAUGGCCGACCCCAGCUUCUUCAUGGCCGAUCUCUCGCGAAUGGUGGGCUGGAUGGAUCGGCCGCCAUUGAAUCUGUGGACGUUGGGGACCUACUUUUAUCACGUGGCACAUGCCCAAGUUCCAGGUUCGCCCUGCUGGGGAGGUGGAUACAUGCCACAGAUGUGUUGUCAUGCACGCAUCAGUCCGGAAAAACUCUCGUGGUGCUUCGGCCGCAUUGAGGGAGACAUGGUGGAACAUUGCUGUGCUAGAUAUUUGGAACAUCCGCCCGUGGGUAGAGUUGAGAUGCCUCCAGUACGUCCGUUGUUUUCCCGGAUCUCGGUACAAAUCUUUCUCCAAAGCUACAACGAGGAUCGGUUUGCACUUCUGCCCUUCUUGGAGUCAGUUGAACGCUUUUGGCCCAAGGACUGGAAAUCACGGGUCUUUGUAGCAGUCGACAACGUGACAGCGGAUCACCAGAUGUGUGAAGCGCUUUCGUCCAGAGUGACUUGUGUCGUAACCGAAAGCAUUCCUCGUGGGCCUUCUGUGAUUGACUCUAUUGAAUGGAGCGGACGCGGCGUGAGCGAGAGAUAUCACAAACUGCUGUUGCAGUAUCACUAUUGGCUUGCAGACAUAUAUAUAGCACAGCAUGUUAAAAUGCCAGACUGGAUUGCUUGGUUUGACGCUGAUGUUGUCAUCCACACACCACGAGUGGAAGAGUUGCUGAUGCCAUUUGGCCUCCCCGUUCACUUUGCCCGUCGCUCAAUGCAGAAUUCAAUGGAGACAAUGUCAUUGGGCCUUGAUUGGGUUGGGGAAUUCAUGGACACAUUCCCUCAGCUGGUACGGCCUAGCCACUUGCAGCAUUUCCGUGCAUUCGUUAAGAAGAUGUUUAACAAAGAUAGCUUUGAAGAAGCAUACCACGCUUGGCGCCAAAGCAUUGAAGAAGCAGCUUUGGUUCAUGGUAAGUUCUACGGCUACCUCUCAGAGGCUGAAGGGCCUCAGAGUUCAUUUCCAGUGUUCUUAUAUCAUUUCCACCACGAGGAAUUCACUUGGGCCCUUGAAGAUGCUGCUGCCUUUGGACUUCCCUUGGAGGAUUCAUGCUUGUCAUUCCGUGUUGCAAGUCAUGUAAGUCAGUGGAAGCACAAAGUGAGGGAGAGCAAUUGGACGGAAGCAGCAUAUGCACAGCGCGCAAGGCGGUUGAUGCAACUCGGACAGAGGAACAGCCGGGUGCUUCGUAUAGCCUUGUUGAGUGCCAACUUCAAUCCUGAAGGCACCUGGAGUCAGAGGAGCUCAGCCCAUUGCAUUGAACGUCUGGAUGGAAGACCGGAGCAAAGCUUUUCCUCUGGGUCUGCUACCCGAAUGGCUGGCCUCUCCAUGCUUGAACGCUUAGGUCCUGCAAGCGUGCAGGUGGCUCGUUGGCUGUCGCAGCUGGACAGAUAUUUGUCAUAG